AUGAAUUCGAGCUGUGAUGCAAUGGAGCUUAAUAAUAAAUUCAUUGAGUGUGAUGUGGAGACACGGUGGAAUUCUACCUUUCGAAUCCUUGAUGAUGGAAUCAAUGCUCAGCGUCAGAUUAAUCGAUUUUGCUCUGUACAAGGUGAAAUUCCUCCCUUUACCAAUGUAGAAUGGGAAUGGCUUGGUCAGGUUCAUAGGGCUCUCAAAACCUUUAAUGACUUGACGAACUCAGUAUCUAUAUCAAAGCCACAAAUCACUCCAACUAUCCCAAUUUACUAUGCGCUUCAUGAUCUUUUAGAAGAUACAGUCUUAGUGGGAUAUAAUAAUGAUAUUACAAAUGCAAUGAGGGCAAGCAUGAAGAAGUACCAAAAGUACUCUGACUCUAUGGAUAACUCAGAGGCAUAUUAUACAGCCUUAAUCCUUGAUCCCGAGGUCAAAGGUGGCCUCAUACUUCAUGAGAUAGAGGAUCAAGAAGCUUCCUGGAUGACCAUGCGAGAGACUCGUCGAAUGCUGCAUGAGCGAUAUCCACUACAGUCGAUUCCCCAGUCGAUUCCCCAGUCGACUCCCCAGUCGACUCCCUAG